AUGUGGACCUUAGACUCAUUUAAAAUUUCAAACCCCCACUUAUAAAAAAAUCUGUAGAAAAAGCUCCCGCAAUAGUUAAACUCAAUUAAAGUUGAAAACCUAGGCUCUAAAUCUACUACUGACUCGAACUCUCCGAAACCCGUAAACGAAGAAUCACCUGAACAACUAUCUGAGAAUAAGCUUGCUGAAGAUUUUGAAAUACAAUAGUAAAUUGAGGAGCUAGACCUUGAAAAUUAGUCUAAUAGUGACUCAAAUCUGAAUGAUUUGCCAGAUGGUCAUAUUCAAAUCGCAUUAAAUAUUGAAGAGCCAAGCAUUUCAAGUAGGAAUAACUUGCAAGAGCAAAGAAGAAUAAAUGAACGCAACUACAUUGUCAUGACUGAAGAGGAAAAAGCUAUAGAAGUAGUGAUUGCUGUUUAUGCAUUGAUGCUUUACUCUAGAUUAGAAAUGGAAGUAAAAGAGUAUGAGUAAAGAAUUUGGUUUAUUGCAUCUGCAGUAAUAUCAGCAAUAUCAGUAGGAACUACUAUUCAUUAUAUCGUAAGACUACUGCAAGAUAAAUUUACUCACAAAAUAAAGAACAUUAAUUUGCUUCUUGAAUCAGUAAUAAUGGUCAUUUGUGUUAUUGGUUCAAUUAUUCUCUCAUUAAGAGGCUCUACUCUUUAAAAAUAAAUUCAAAUGGCAUCCCUCAUCAGUUUGAUAUUACUUGGGAUUAGAUCUCUCAAAGUUUUGCUUUUGAUAUUCUUGAAAGUAACUUGGUCUCCACUAAUUUGGUUUGUCAAUAAAUUUGAUUCUAAAGGCUCUAAGAAACAAGCAGACCAGGCUAUUGAAGAAAAGAUAUCAGAGCCUAUGGAAAUUGAAAGACCUAAUUAAUAAGAUAUAGAAAUAGAUAUGAGUUGUCCAAUUUGUCUAAAUGACUUUAAUGAGCAAUCAGUAAUCACACCUUUACCAUGCUAGUCGCACUUUUAUCAUCAUUAGUGCAUUGCAAGCUGGCUUAAGAAAAAUUGCGUUUGCCCUAUAUGUAGAUUUCAAAUUACUAAGCAAAACCUCAAGUAAUCUUAGAAAAUCAGUAAAUGA